UGCACUCAUAUGAAGGGGAACAUGUAUAUUUACUCAUAUGCAACGUCUCUUCUCCGAGCUACACGGAGGCCGGGUGUCUGUGAGGCAGACCUGAAGGAGCUUUCUGAUUUUCCUCCUCCUCUGCCGGAGCAGCUUUUCGUUUUGCGCGCAGGGAGAACGAGGAUGCUUUUGAGUCUCCAGCUCGCACCUGGAACAAGGAAUCCGCGACAGACCUUUUGUUGGCUUUAAUUAUUAUUAUUUUUUUUUUUUUGUCGCCAUUUCCACCCCUUCUUUCACCGUUGAAUAUAUUGAAUGUGUCCACUUUUAAGGACUGUCACUGGAAUAUGCGUGUUUCGUUGAGCGGACUUGACGCGCGUUCCAAUUGUGACCACUAGCACCACCUGUGCCACCGGCUGGCCUCACUACAAGUAGAGACAGUGACUGUCAGCUGUGCUCAAACCUUGAAGACGCGCUACAGUUGCAACCAAGUGGUUGCACCGAAGACCUUUAGCACAAGGUUUCCCCUAACCCACACUUAUUUCUUAUAAGCGCAGCACGUUUCAGGGGCCGCGGCUGCGCGCACACAGGAGACGCUUGAGCUAAGGCGAGCGCACGACAGGCAUCGGGUGCUGUGAGGUGGACGACAUACGGGGCAGUUUUUUAAAAAAUAAAAUCGAGGUCCAGACAUCAGGAUGACGGACGGCCCGAGACAACGGAGCGGCACGUCGAGCUCUGCCAAGGAUGCUGCCGGGGAGAAGGAGUCCGGAGGUGGAGUUGCGCUCAAGAAGGAAAUCGGGCUCGUGAGUGCUUGCGGGAUCAUUGUUGGUAACAUUAUCGGCUCGGGUAUCUUCGUCAGUCCGAAGGGAGUGAUGGAGAAUGCCAGCUCCGUGGGCGUGGCCCUCUUCGUCUGGAUCAUCACGGGCAUCAUCACCGCCAUCGGGGCGCUGUGCUACGCCGAGCUGGGGGUCACCAUCCCAAAGUCGGGGGGAGACUACUCCUACGUGAAGGACAUCUUCGGUGGACUGGCUGGGUUCCUGCGACUGUGGAUUGCCGUGUUGGUCAUCUACCCUACAAACCAGGCCGUGAUCGCGCUGACCUUCUCCAACUACGUCCUGCAGCCCCUGUUCCCCACCUGCUUUCCCCCAGAGAACGGCCUCCGUCUGCUGGCUGCCGUCUGUCUCUUGCUGCUGACGUGGGUGAACUGCUCCAGCGUGAGGUGGGCCACCAGAGUGCAGGACAUUUUCACCGCCGGCAAGCUGCUGGCCCUCGCCCUCAUCAUCAUCAUGGGCUUCGUGCAGAUCUGCAAGGGACAGUACUACUGGCUGGAGCCUGCCAACGCCUUUGAGCCCUUCCAGGACUACGACGUCGGUCUGAUAGCCUUGGCUUUCCUACAAGGCUCCUUCGCCUACGGAGGGUGGAACUUCCUCAACUACGUCACGGAGGAGCUGGUGGAUCCUUAUGUGAACCUUCCCCGUGCCAUCUUCAUCUCCAUCCCUCUGGUGACCUUCGUGUACGUCUUCGCCAAUAUCGCUUACGUCACGGCCAUGAGUCCUCAGGAGCUGCUUGCGUCAAACGCCGUUGCCGUGACGUUUGGUGAGAAGCUGCUGGGAGUCAUGUCGUGGAUCAUGCCCAUCUCUGUGGCGCUGUCCACCUUCGGGGGAGUCAACGGUUCCCUCUUCACGUCUUCACGACUCUUCUUUGCUGGAGCCAGAGAGGGACACCUCCCUAGUCUGCUGGCCAUGAUUCAUGUGAAACGCUGCACUCCCAUCCCCGCUCUGCUCUUCACUUGCCUGUCCACCCUGCUGAUGCUGUGCACCAGUGACAUGUACACCCUCAUCAACUACGUGGGCUUCAUCAACUACCUCUUCUAUGGAGUGACUGUCGCCGGGCAGAUCGUCCUGCGUAUCAAACAGCCCGACAUCCACAGACCAAUCAAGAUCAGCCUGAUAUGGCCGGUCAUUUACCUCGUCUUCUGGGCUUUCCUGCUCAUCUUCUCUCUUUACUCUGAACCCGUGGUGUGUGGCAUUGGCCUGGCCAUCAUGCUGACCGGCGUGCCCGUCUAUUUCCUGGGAGUCUACUGGGACAACAAGCCACAGUGCUUCGACGCCUUCGUCAAUAAGAUGACGUACGUGGGCCAGAAGUUCUGCGUGGUCGUUUAUCCCGCUGUAACUGGUGGGAGCGCAGAGGAAGGGGAGGAAAUGAAGGAGUCCAGGUCUCCUCUGUCGAAGGAGGACGAAGACAACCACAAAUCGGCAGACUGCUAAAGUGCACAAUUUCAAUUCCCACCGGCCCCAGAGUACACACACAGACACAAACUAACGUGGGCGUGCACACAAGCAGACCUCCGUUUGUGGUGAAUUUUAUUAAUCAAUACACGUGCCCCCACAGUCUGUCUUUGAAUUUUUUACAUUUUUUUUUUUACUUGGGUUUUAUUACCAAUCGAUUAUCUCUGUGCCAAAUAUAGUAAGAAAUGUUCACAGUAACAUGACCUCAAGCUUUUCCUGGCUGGGGUCCAUCAGAAGUGCAAUAAAGAGAGGUUAGCACCUUUCAGCACCUCAGUAUAUAUAAAUAUAUAUAUGCAUAAGCACACACACACACUUUAUCAUCACCAUCAUCAUCAUCAUCAUCCAGCUUUUUAUUCUUUCUUCACACACAUUUUAUUUUAUUUGUUUGUUUUUUUUUCUAUUGUCAGGAGACUGUACUGUGAUGGCUACACAAACACACUUUUUUUUUUUUGCCUCAUUGUUAAUUUUGUCAAACAUUCAACACACCAAAGCUGUAUCUUGAUUGUCAAAGCAGAAAAUCACACUCGGAUCAAGUCAUUUCAUGUUGUGAAGUACACUAAUGGUGUGUCUUGUUGUUUUUUUCUUUUUUUAAAGGUGACUGUAAUUCUGAAAUGUUUUUAUCUUCUUUUUUUGUAAUUGUAAUAAUUGUUCAUUGUGCUGUUUUUAGUUUUAAUGUAAUUUUAGCAUUGUUGAUAUAUCUUUUUUUUCCCCUAGUGUUUUCAUCUGGCCUUAUUUUUAUUUUAUUUUAUUUUUAUUCCGCAAACUGUGCGCGUGAACACCUGAACGCUGAUGUGAGAGCUGUACAGUUUUUGUUAAUUGCCUUAAUUAGAAUAUAUUUUGGGCUUGGAUGCAGUUGUAGCUGCGUUGUGACAUGUGUAGACAGACGGUUGAUCUUCAUACUUUGGGUUAGCUCUUAGUUUUUCUCGAAACAAAAUCACGGAAGAGGAAAAUUAAGAUGGGGGGGGCUCUUUUUCAUACAUAUAUAAAUACUGACAUUAAAGUAUGACUUGUACGACUAUGUCCAGAAGAUGCUCUGUUUUCUGAAUUUGAGAAAAAAGUAAAAAUUCUUUGUUUAAAAAAUCUGGAUAUGAGACAAAAGUCAGAACUGAGAUUUUACAAUAGCCCUCCCCCUGCAACUCCACACAAUUAAUUCAACCCUUAAAGUGUUAAAAGGAUCGACGGCCGUCAUGGAAUCUUCCACCGCGACAUUUCCAUCCGUAAUGUGCCACGUGUGAAAGCAGUUUUACGCUGAGAAUAUUUUUGUAGCUCAUCAUCUAGCUGUGCUCAAAAUCAUUGUUAGAAAUGACAGGUGACUAUUUUUUUGAUUCACGCAGUUAACUAAAAGACAUUUCAGUGCAAUAUUACUACAGGCACCGGUUUAAAACAAACAAAAAACUGAACAUGCACCCCUGAACUGUCACUGUGCGCCGUUUGGUAACAUUUAUAUAUCCACACUUACGCUGUAUAUGAUAGUAACGACACUCCCGCACGCAUAAACACAUGUAAUAUACCUUGUGCGUUUUAGUUUUUCUAUAACCUGUUAAGUGUCUCAGGGCAUCUCCGCUGCCUUCUCCUUACGUACCCUGCCGGACCCGUGGAAACCCGACGGAUCUGACAGGAGCCUCUUUGAAAUCUUAGCGCUAAAUGUCUGUGCUGGUGCUUUUAGAUAUUUAUUCCUCAGGAGUUUCGAUCUUGCAAGAGGAUGACGGAUGUUGAAACGAUCCGAGUGUCCACGGCCAGUAUUGUAUAGAUUGCUCUUGUGAAACUGUAAGGGGAACAGGGUGUCUUGGAUGUCUUUACAAGUACAAUGACGUGUUAUGUGCCUGUACGGUUGUUGUGUAUUUACAGUAUAUACACUAAUGUCAUGACGGUCUGUAUAUUGUUUCCUAGUAAAUAAAAACCACUGACUAAUA